UGGUAGUAGUUAUUUUAAUGUGAAUUUUCUAGGAACUAUCUAAAUAUGGUGUAUGAUAAGGCCAUUUUUGCGGAACACGUAUGGGUCCUAUUCAAGGAUUCUCGCGUGGGCGACGACCACUCGGUGGUGCGGGGUUGCAGCGUGAUCCGGAAGGACCGGAAUAACGGUUUCUUAGUUCGAGAUUUGGACGGUAAAGAACACUGGGUUGGAAGUUCAUGUAUAAUAGGAGCAAUGCACAGUGGAUCUUUAACAUCAAUAGAAGAUAUGGCACAACUUGAUGAUCUGCAGGAGCACACCGUCCUGCACAAUUUGCACCUGCGGUAUUCCAAAAAGACGAUUUACACAUAUAUAGGAACUAUGCUAGUUGCCGUAAAUCCCUAUGAAACAUUACCUUUGUACACCCAAGAAAAGAUAAAGAUAUACAACAACAAAAAGAUUGGAGAUAUGCCGCCGCAUAUUUUUGCUAUUGCAGAUAACGCAUUCUCAUCCAUGACCACUAAUUCGCAAAAUCAAUCAAUCGUCAUAAGCGGCGAGAGUGGAGCGGGAAAAACUGAAAGUACCAAAUUAAUUCUUCAAUAUCUAGUCGCUAAAAGUGGCCAACACACACCGGUUCAGCAGCAAAUUUUGGAUGCCAAUAUAAUUCUGGAAAGCUUUGGAAAUGCCAAAACCGUAUGCAAUAAUAAUUCUUCAAGAUUUGGCAAAUUCAUAGACGUCAAUUUUAAUCGCCAUGGAAUCAUUGAUGGAGCUGAAAUUGAACACUAUCUACUUGAGAAAUCAAGAAUUGUGUACCAAAACCCAGGAGAAAGAAAUUACCAUGUUUUCUACUCGUUGUUAAAUGGAUUGACCAAAGAGGAGAAAAAAUGUUUAAGUUUAGGAGAUGUCAAUGAAUACAAAUAUCUUGCUAAUUCAGAUAGAAGAAAUGCUCAUGAAGAUAAAUUGGACGGGGCGAUGUUUCAUCAACUUCGAAAUGCCAUGAACGUCUUGAAUUUUGCCAAGGAGGAUCAAUGGGAAAUUUUCAACUUGCUCGCAAUGAUUUUACACAUGGGCAAUAUGAAAUAUAAAAGAUUGAAUGUACAUAAUAUGGAAGCAAGUGAAUUGUGUGAUAGUUUACAUGUAACCCAGGUUGCCAACUGCCUUGUAGUAAACAAGAGUACUUUGAUGUCCGCUUUAACCAGCAGAACUAUUUUAGUCAAUGGUGAACGUGUCAUUUCUGGUAUCUCAAAAGAGCAAGCAUUAGCUGUUCGAGACACAUUGGUGAAAACAGUUUACGGAAAACUUUUUAUCAUGCUAAUAGACAAAAUAAAUUAUGCAAUUUCUGAUAACAAACAAGUCAAGAGGAGUUCUAUUGGCGUGUUAGACAUAUUUGGAUUUGAAAAUUUCUAUUCAAAUAGUUUCGAACAAUUAUGUAUCAAUUAUGCGAAUGAAAGUUUGCAGCAAUUUUUUGUAAGGCAUAUUUUUAAAUUAGAGCAAGAUUGUUAUAUAAAAGAAGGAAUAGAUUGGAAGAAAAUAGAUUUUGUAGAUAAUGAAGACGUUCUUAACGUUAUAGGCAACAAGUACGUCAAUAUUUUUGCUUUAAUAGAUGAAGAAACUAAAUUUCCUAAAGGAACGGAUUUAACAUUGUUGUCCAAAUUACAUAAUGCUCACGGAAAUAAAAGUAUAUAUUUAAAACCAAAAUCUGAUACAAAAUCGAGUUUCGGGAUAAGGCAUUUUGCCGGUCCUGUUUAUUAUGAUGUGCAAGGUUUCCUUGAGAAAAACAGAGAUGCUUUCAAUUUGGAUUUACAAUUUUUGGUCGCAAAAUGUGGGAAUCGAUUUUUAAAGCAUCUGUUUAAAUCUGAAAUUUAUGGAUCAGAUACUAUAAAUCAAAAACGUGGAUAUACAUUAGCUUCACAAUUUAAAGACUCUCUAGAUGAAUUGAUGAAAACACUUAAUAAUUGCAACCCGUUUUUUAUCAGAUGUAUAAAACCAAAUGAAUCUAAAAAAUCUAUGUAUUUUGAUCCAGUUACAUGCCUUCGUCAACUACGAUAUUCGGGAUUAAUGGACACAGCUAGAGUGCGAAAGGCUGGUUAUUCUGUCCGGCUAACUUAUUUAGAAUUUUCCAAGCGCUACCUUCAUCUCAUACAUGGGUCACCUAAACGACUAAAUUCACGUGGAAUUGCUGACCAAAUAUGCAACGAACAUUUAUCUACUUUUCCAUCCACAUAUGUAUUCUUAGGGCAUACAAAAGUGUUUUUAAAAAGAGAAGCAGAAAAACAUCUCGAAGAACAAUUAGUAAGAUCCUAUCAUGCGCAUGCUGUUGUCGUUCAAAACGUUUUAAUGAUGUGGAUAUGUAGGAAACGAUACAUCAAACUAAAAAAAUCAGUUGUUAUACUUAAAAAUUAUUGGAAAACACGUAAAGUUAGAAGUGAAUACCAAAUCAUGAGAAAAGGAAUUGCACGAUUACAGGCCAGGGUUGUUUCAAGAAGAUGCGAAUUUCGAUAUAAAUUGUUAAAGAAAUAUAUAACAAUGUUUCAAGCGCAUUGUCGCGGAUUUAUGGUCAGGAGAUGGGCUUUGCAAAAACUAGUUCAAAAGAAGCAAAAGAAAAUAAUGGAAAAGAUACAUUCUGAAAGACAUAAUUUGGGCCCGAAUAGACAACCGUCAGUUAUAGAAAAUGAUAAUGCAGAAGAAAACAAGAGAAUUAGAGAAGAAUAUAAACAAAUUCAACAAGAUCGUCGCAAUAAACUUACCCCUGCUAAUGUCCGGAAUAUGAAACCAGUCAUUGAAGAAUUGAAUUUUAUGCAUAAGUUUGAAAAGAAAUCUAAUGUGCAAACUAACGCCAACCAUAAGCUUAAUAAAAAUAAUGAAAUUAAUCAUCAUAAAAUAAAUACGCGACUGAUUCCGCAUAGUUCAAAACUAACAAGAAACAACAGCGCCUUAGAUGAACAACUCAAAAAAUCGAAUAAUAACGUCGAAGAAAAAUUAUUAUUCAUUGGUAAAUUAAAUUCAAGACCUAAAACAGUAUGUGAACUAAAUACAAAUUUGCAUAAAAAUAAAAUCGAUGAUACAGUAAAACACGAAAAAAGCAUUGUUAAUAUUAACGUAUACACAAACAAAGUGCAGAAGCUGCCUGAUAGACCAAGACCUAAAUCACAAGGUGUGAUUGAAAAUGAGAGAAAUAUAUCUCUUGAAGCAACUGAACCGAUGCAGUAUGUAGAUAAUAUGUUCAAAUUUUUGAAUGAUUCUGUGGAUACAACAAGCAAUGUGAAACCUUCGCUUAGGCACUCAUCUGCUAUGAGCAAAUUUUUUAAUACUUUCAGAAAUAAUAGCGAAUCGCGACGCCCUGCGCCGAUACCUAGUAAAUACAAACCAGCAGUAAUAAACAGUUAAAAUAUGAAAAAAAUAUAGUAGUUUAUAGUAUUACUCA